GGUCGCUUUAUUCGGAUGGCGCUUGUAAUUUUUUAGAGCAAAGCUAUGCCGGACGGAAGGAGAGGUGGUUAUUGUUUCCAAGAGUGAACACCGUGAAGGAGUUAUUUUUUUAAGUUUGUUUUAUAUAAUUUAUUUUUUAUUUUAAAUAUUCUAUUUAAAGAUUAUAUCUUGUGGAAAACGGAUUGCACCGCCUUUGCUGUAAUGCACUGAUUGUGAAACAAAAACCAUUUAUACGGAGAUAAAUUAGGAAUUCCUUCCGGGCCCCUUCCCAGCCUCCGGUGCUCGAGUUUAACAAUAACCGAAGAGGAGGCUUCUUGAGUGGUCCUCGAGGUGAAUAGCAGGCCGGAGCUGUUGCGGCUCGCAUUUCACACGUCUGUGAAGACAAAGGGAAGAGGGACAUUUGUUCCGAUGGGACGCACGUUAUGGAAUAAUUUGCACGGCUAAACAGCUUUUUAAUUUUUUAAGAACGUUUUAAUUAUUUAUACAUACAAACGGUAGAAAAUGGCCAAGGUUGGAGGAGGUGGUGGACCUGGAGGAGGAAACGAAGGUGGACUGACGUGGGUGACUUUAUUUAACCAGAACAGUACUGGAAAAAAUGAAGAAAUACAGCCAGCAAAAAAAGAGAAAGAAGAGGUUGUUCAGACAGUCAGUAAAAAUGAUACCUCAAAAAAAAUGUCAGUUGAACGAGUUUAUCAGAAGAAAACACAGCUGGAACAUAUUCUCCUUCGUCCAGACACAUAUAUUGGUUCUGUAGAACCAGUGACACAGCAAAUGUGGGUUUUUGAUGAAGAAAUAGGAAUGAACUGCCGUGAUGUGACAUUUGUUCCUGGUUUGUAUAAGAUCUUUGAUGAAAUACUUGUCAAUGCUGCUGACAAUAAACAACGCGAUAAGAGUAUGUCUUGUAUAAAAAUUUCCAUUGAUCCUGAAGCCAACAUUAUCAGUAUUUGGAAUAAUGGCAAAGGUAUUCCAGUAGUGGAACACAAAGUUGAAAAGAUGUAUGUACCUGCUUUAAUCUUCGGACAUCUGUUGACGUCGAGUAACUACGAUGAUGAAGAGAGGAAGGUGACGGGUGGUCGGAAUGGGUAUGGUGCAAAACUCUGCAACAUAUUCAGUACAAAGUUUACAGUAGAAACAGCCUGCAAAGAGUACAAGCACAGUUUUAAGCAGACUUGGAUGAACAACAUGUUAAAAACAACAGAACAGAAGAUCAAAUAUUUUGAUGGCGAUGACUACACCUGUGUAACAUUCCAGCCAGAUUUGGCAAAGUUUAAAAUGGAGAAACUAGACAAAGACAUUGUGGCACUGAUGACCAGAAGAGCCUAUGAUGUUGCUGGGUCUGUUAAAGGGAUCAAAGUAAUUCUUAAUGGGAAGAAACUACCAGUCAAUGGAUUCCGCAGUUACGUAGAUCUAUACGUAAAAGAUAAGCUGGACGAGACUGGUGUUGCUCUAAAAGUGAUUCACGAAGUUGUGAAUGAACGGUGGGAUGUGUGUCUCACAUUAAGUGAGAAAGGCUUUCAGCAAAUAAGCUUUGUCAACAGCAUUGCUACCACAAAGGGUGGUAGACAUGUCGAUUAUGUGGUUGAUCAGAUUGUAGCAAAAUUGAUAGAGGUUGUGAAAAAGAAGAACAAAGCUGGUGUUUCUGUGAAGCCGUUUCAGGUGAAGAAUCAUAUUUGGGUUUUUGUAAACUGCCUUAUAGAAAACCCAACUUUCGAUUCCCAGACAAAAGAAAACAUGACACUACAAGCAAAAAGCUUUGGUUCCAAAUGUCAGCUGUCUGAGAAGUUUGCCAAAGCGGCUUCAAACUGUGGAAUUGUUGAAAGUAUCCUAAACUGGGUGAGGUUUAAGGCACAGACUCAACUGAACAAGAAAUGUUCAUCAGUGAAACACAGUAAAAUCAAGGGUAUACCAAAACUGGAUGAUGCUAACGAUGCAGGUGGCAAACAUUCUUUGGAGUGUACCUUAAUUUUAACUGAGGGAGACUCAGCUAAAUCAUUGGCUGUGUCUGGCUUGGGUGUUAUUGGUCGAGAUCGGUAUGGUGUCUUUCCCCUGCGAGGUAAAAUUCUCAAUGUCCGUGAAGCUUCACACAAACAGAUUAUGGAAAAUGCUGAAAUCAACAGCAUUAUUAAGAUAGUUGGCCUGCAGUACAAGAAAACAUACGAUGAUCAAGAGUCUCUAAAAACUCUACGGUAUGGAAGAAUUAUGAUAAUGACUGAUCAGGAUCAAGAUGGCUCUCAUAUCAAAGGACUUUUGAUCAACUUUAUUCAUCACAAUUGGCCGUCUCUCUUGAAGCACAAUUUUCUGGAGGAAUUUAUUACCCCAAUUGUGAAGGCAAGCAAAAAUAAACAGGAACUAUCAUUUUACAGUAUUCCUGAGUUUGAUGAAUGGAAGAAGCAGACAGAUACCCACAAGUCUUGGAAAGUGAAAUACUACAAAGGUUUGGGUACGAGCACUGCAAAGGAAGCAAAGGAGUACUUUGCUGAUAUGGACAGGCACAGAAUUAUAUUCAAGUAUGCUGGUCCUGAAGAUGAUGCUGCCAUUACAUUGGCUUUCAGUAAGAAGAAAGUAGAUGACAGGAAGGAGUGGCUUACGAACUUCAUGGAGGACCGACGGCAGAGGAGAAUGCAUGGAUUGCCAGAGCAAUAUCUGUAUGGAACUGCAACCAAGUAUUUGACAUAUAAUGACUUCAUUAACAAGGAACUGAUUCUUUUCUCAAACUCUGACAAUGAAAGGUCCAUUCCAUCUCUUGUUGAUGGCUUAAAACCGGGUCAACGCAAGGUGUUAUUUACAUGUCUUAAGAGGAAUGACAAACGUGAAGUGAAAGUUGCUCAGUUGGCUGGAUCGGUUGCAGAAAUGUCAGCUUAUCACCAUGGUGAGCAAGCUUUAAUGAUGACCAUAGUAAACUUGGCACAGAACUUCGUAGGCAGCAACAAUGUAAAUUUGCUACAGCCUAUUGGUCAGUUUGGCACUAGGCUUCAUGGUGGUAAGGAUGCUGCCAGUCCUCGUUACAUUUUCACAAUGUUAAGUCCCUUGACAAGAUUACUUUUUCCUGCUGUGGAUGACAACCUUCUUAAAUUCUUAUAUGAUGACAACCAGCGCGUGGAACCUGAAUGGUAUAUUCCCAUCAUUCCUAUGGUUUUGAUAAACGGUGCUGAAGGCAUCGGUACAGGCUGGGCCUGUAAACUUCCUAACUACGAUCCUAGACAAAUUGUUAACAAUAUUAGACGGUUGCUGGAUGGUCAGGAUCCACUUGCCAUGGUCUACAAGGAACAGGUAUUAGAACCGAUGUUGAAUGGGACAGAAAAAAGUCCUGCUCUGAUUCAAGAUUAUAAAGAAUACCACACCGACACAACUGUCAAGUUUGUGAUAAAAAUGACAGAGGAAAAACUCGCACAGGCAGAAGCGGCCGGUUUGCAUAAAGUCUUCAAACUACAAACAACUCUUACAUGCAACUCCAUGGUUCUGUUCGAUCACAUGGGUUGUUUGAAGAAGUAUGAGACUGUGCUGGACAUCCUGAAGGAGUUCUUUGACUUGCGGUUACACUACUGUACUUUACGAAAGGAAUGGGUUAUGGGCAUGUAUUCAGCAGAAUAUGCCAAACUCAGCAAUCAGGCACGAUUCAUUAUGGAGAAGAUUCAGGGCAAAAUUUCAAUAGAAAAUAAACCGAAGAAAGAUUUGAUUCAGAUGCUAAUGCAGAGAGGCUAUGAGUCUGAUCCUGUUAAAAGUUGGAAGGAGGCUCAAGAAAAGACAGUUGAAGAUGAUGAAGCAACUACUGCAGAAGAUGACGAGGAAGAGAGUUCUUCAGGCCCAGAUUAUAAUUAUAUACUUAAUAUGCCUCUGUGGUGCCUCAGUAAGGAGCGGGUAGAUGAAAUUAUAAAGCAGAGGGAUGUAAAGAGUAAAGAACUUGAAGACCUCAGGAAAAAGGCACCAGCUGACCUGUGGAAGGAGGAUCUUGCUAAUUUCAUCGAGGAGCUUGACAAAGUGGAAGCCCAGGAACGAGAGGACAUGCUAGCAGGAUUAGCUGGAAAAGCAGUAAAAGGCAAAGUUGGCAAGCCCAAGAUAAAGAAAAUGCAGCUGGAAGAGACCAUGCCCUCACCCUUUGGUCGUAGAAUAGAACCACAGAUCACUGCUGCAAUGAAGAUCGACGCAAGCAAGAAGGUGGUAAAGAAAAAGAAGGGUGAUGAUUCAAUUAAGUUGGAGUUUGAUGAUGAACUUGGUGUAACUGUUGGAGAAGGUGGUGGAGACGAUACCAUGAAUUCUCAAGAAUCUAAAGUUAUUAUUACUCCUCGACCCAAAAAAGAGAAGAGGGAAUCAGGUAUCAAGGUCAGGAGAUCUAUUCCAACCCCGAAAACUUCUGUAAAGAAGAUUAAAAAACGGAACCCUUGGUCAGAUGAAGACAAGUCUGAUAGUGAAGUGGAUGAAAAUGAAAUUGUGGUUGCUCCCAGAGAAUCAAAAUUGAGGAGAGCUGCAGCUGAAAAGCCCAAGUAUACAUUUGAUUUCUCUGAAGAGGAAGAGGAGGAAGACGAGGACGACCUUGAGAAUAAUAUUGAAGAUAAUUAUGAAGAUGAUUUGAAAAUGAAGUCUUCUCUAGUUGAGGAAGAUGGAGUUAAUGAUUUUGUGCCAUCAGACAGCGGAGAGAAGGAUGAUGAUGAUGAAUUUUCUCCUGUUAAGUCUUCGCCCCCUAUAGAGAAAUCUACACUUUCCAAAUCCAACAAUGAACAAACUAGCACUUUCUCCUCCCAGAACACAUAUUCUCAGAAGUCUCUAUUUGAAGAUUCAGUGAAAUCAGACAAACUUGACAGUGAUGAAGAUUCUUCUCCGGCAUUCUCGUCAUUUUACAGUACUAAAGCAGACACACCAGUUAAAACAGCUGCUGCUAAGAAGGAUGCAGUGAAAUCAGACAAGCUUGACAGUGAUGAAGAUUCUUCUCAGGCAUUUUCAUCUUUUUAUAGUACGAAAAUGGACAAGCCAGUUAAAACAGCUGCUGCUAAGAAAGAUGCAGUAAAAUUGGACAAGCUUGACAGUGAUGAUGAUUCUUCAGCAUUCUCGUCUUUUUAUAGCACAAAAGUAGAUAAGCUGGUUAAAACAGCUGCUGCUGCUAUUAAGGAUGGAUUAAAAUCAGACAAACUUGACAGUGAUGAAGAUUCUUCUCAAAUGUUCUCAUCAUUUUACAGUACAAAAGCAGACAAGCCAGUUAAAACAGCUGCUGCUAAGAAGGUAAAAACUCCAUCAGAUAAACCACCAAAGCCGAAGAGAGCUCCAAAACCUAAGAAGAUUGUAGACCCUGUAGAUUCCAACUCGGAUGGAGAAUUAUUUGGAAGUCCAAAGAAGAUGUCUGCAUCAAAAGGUAGAGGAAGAGGAAGAAAGCGAAAAGGAUCUGGAUCAGAAAGUGAAGGAGAAUACAUCCCUGGAAGAAAGCCAAACAAACCACCGUCAACAGGCAAGAAGUCAAAGAAAGCCACUUCAGAGGAGGAUGAAUUUGAUGUGAUCGAGGACUUUGAGUCAAACAAAGUCACAGAAACUCCAUCAAGAACUACGUCGGGCCGGGCAAGGAAAGAAGUCAAAUACUUUGCAGAAUCAGAUGAUGAUGACGAAAGUUUUGACAUGUUUGAUGACUGAGUGCCCCAAAAAGCACUAAAACAUUUUCCAGCAAUGUACCUUGUGUAGUUUGUUUUCGUCUCCUCUGUGUUGCAGACUUUUGUACAUUUGGCUUAUUUUAUGUGACAUUGUAAUUGAUGUUUUUUAUUGUGUAGGCUUUUUAACAUUCUCGUUUCACAGUUUUAUGCUCUUUUUUACUCAUCAUGAAAACGUUCUGUAUUUGUCCAGUUGGCUUCUAGAAAUAUUUUAGACUGCUGUGCAAAAGCACACAUUUUAAUUGAUAUGGUUAUCAACAAUGAUCUGCCUUUUAAAAUGAAGUAAAAUAUUGAGAACCAACUGUAAA